AUGCAUCUCUAUUCAUUGACGCUUCAACGGCCAUCUGCCAUCACCUUCGCCGUCCGCGGAAACUUCACUGGGUGCGGCAAUCAUGAGAUAGUCGUCGCUCAUGGCAGGGCCAUCGAGUUGUUGCAGGUGGAUGAGCAGGGCAGGAUUCUUUCGCUCUGCAACAUGGAGUGUUUUGCGAUCGUGAGAGCCAUGGCUGCAUCUCGACUGCCAGGAUAUGACAAGGACUGCGUCUUCCUAACGUCCGACUCAGGCAAGCUGGCCAUAAUCGAGUACAACCAUGUCAUGAAUCAGUUCGAGAGGGUCUACCUGGAGACUUAUGGGAAGUCAGGAUGUCGGAGGAUGGUUCCUGGCCAGCAUCUUGCAGCCGACAUGUACGGGCGAGCGCUCGUGAUCGGAUCCCUCGAGAAGAACCUGAUCGGUUUCCAAGUACAACUCGAUGACGCGAAUCAGGUGGUGCUUCCUCCCCCGAUCAAGAGCUCGUCUCCUCAACGAGUCUUCGUACACAUCACCUCCUUGGACAGGCGGGAAGAACUGCCUCCCAUGUUCGCAUCGAUCGAGGUGGAUUACGUUGACAACCCCAACGAUGAGUUCCAAGAUCCGGUCGUGUCCAGCCGGAGGGUGUGCCUGUACGAGGUCGAUAUGGCCAACAACUCGUUGGAAGUGAGGUACAACGACUUCAUCGACAACUCUUCCAACCUGCUGAUACCAGUCUACAACCACCUCUCCGGCUUGUUCGGGGUCCUGAUCUGCGCCGAGAACAAGAUAGCGCUCAAGUCCCCGGACGCGGAAGAAAUCGUCCUCCUCAUCCCGCGUCGGAGCAUGCUUCCUCUGGAGCAGUCGGUCAUAAUCACAAGCUACGUGUUGAUGGGGAUCCAGGACGACCUCUCGAUCUUCAUCGCGCAGAACGACAUCGGCGACCUGUACAAGAUCACUGUCUCGCUACGAUGCACGCAGGACCAUGUGCUGGGCAUCGAGUACCUCGACACAGUCCCUGUUGCCCAGUCGAUGAUCAUCGUGAGGGACCAGUACCUCCUGCUGUGCUCGGAGUUCGGGAAUCACAUCCUGUUCAGCUUCUCCGCGUCGGAGGUCGGCCAGGUAACCUCGACGAUCGGGUUGACCAGCGUCCAGUUCGAUGACGAGAACAUUGACAUCCCGAACUUCCUGCCGCACAACCUGCAGUACUUCAGGGUUGUGGAAGAGAUCGAGUCGUUGUCUCCUAUCGUUGGGAUGAAGGUGAUGGACCUUUACUCCGAGGGUAACUUCCAAGUGUUCACACUGUGCGGAAAAGGCCCGAGGUCCUCCAUCCGGGUUCUUCGGCAUGGCCUCUCCGUCGUUGAGAUGGCCAUCUCGCAGCUCCCCACUGUCCCUGUGGCCGUCUGGACGCUAAAGGCGAACUCGACCGACCCGCACGAUCGUUACAUCGUGGUGUCCCUUGCCCACAGCAGCGUUCAGACCCUCGUGCUGUCCAUCGGAGAGACGGUGGAGGCGGUUGCGAACCAUGGGCUGCUGCCGCAUGCCAAGUCAAUCUCGAUCGCUACCAUGGGAGACUGUAUGAUCCAGGUGCAUACCAACGGGAUCCAGGUGAUGAAGGGAGGGAAGAACAUCCCCAGCCCCUUCGCCAGCUCGAACCCUGUCAUCCUGUCCGUCAACAACGAACAGCAGAUGCUGGUGACGCAGACCGACGGAGUCACAUCCUACCUAGAAAUGGAGGGGACGGGGACUCUGAGGGAGAAGGGGAAGAUCAACAUCAAUGCCCAGGAGGUCUGUGCGGUCGAGGUGACUCCGUUGUCGGCAUCUCAGACGCUUGGCAAGUUUGCCAUCAUGGGCGCCUUCAUGGACAAUGCAUGGUUCCUGUGUGUGGUGUCCCUUGACGCCUCCUCUUUCAGUUCUGUUGUGGGCAGGCAGGUACUUCAGGCGCGCCCUUCCUCCAUCGCCCUCCUCCAGAGCUACUCGCGGAGUAGCAGGGAACCCGGGAGGAGCGUAUUCUUCUUGUACGUGGGCCUCGAAAACGGCGUGCUCAUGCGCAUGAGCUUCAAUGCCGAGACGGGAGAGAUAUCUCAGGAGUUUCGGACCCGUUCGUUGGGCUCCAACCCCGUCAAGCUGGUGAGAGUGAAGGUGCAAGAAAAAGAAGCCCUGCUGGCACUUUCCUCCCGCUCUUGGCUCGCCUACCACCACCAGGGCAAGCAGUGCCUUGAUCCUCUCUCCUACGACAUGCUCGACUUCGCAUGGAACUUCAGCUCGCAGCAGUGCCCUGAAGGUUUCGUUUGCAUCUCCCAAGGCUCCCUCAGGAUCCUCAGCCUUGAACGAGUUGGAGAAAUCUUCAGUCAGGCAACUGCCAAGCUGGCACACACUCCGAGGCAGUGCGCUCCUAUCAAGGGCACGACCAUGAUGAUGGUGAUCGAGUCGGAUCACAACACCGACGCGAACAAGGCGCUGCAAGACGGAGCCAAUAAGGUUGACAUGGAGGGCCAGGAUGGAGAGGCCGACAAGCUUUCUUACGAGAUGUUUGGAGUUCAGCGGGCAGGCAACGGAUGUUGGGCGUCCUCCCUCCGCGUCAUCGACAUGGACAGUCUAGUGAGCAGGCAGAUCAUCAACUACAGCGACGACGAGGCAGCGUUGAGCUUGUGCUCGAGUGUUGGAGCCAACGGAGAACACCUGGUCCUGGUUGGAACGAGUGUGGGGCUGAGGAUGGGCGAAAAGCAUGCGUCCUCUGGCUUCGUGUACACCUACAGCGUCUCAGGCUCCCACCUCCACCUGGAGCACAAGACGCCGAUGGAUGGGAUUCCUAGGGCGAUCUGCAACUACCAGGGGCGGGUGCUGGUGGGCGUGGGUUCUGCUCUCCGAAUGUACGAGAUUGGGAAGAAGAAGCUGCUAAGGAAGUGUGAAAGCAGAAAGUUCCCCAACCUGAUCUGCUCCAUCCACACCCAAGGGGACAGGAUCUUCGUGGGAGACUCGGCCGAGUCUUUCUCCCUCCUCCGCUUCAACAGCCUCAGCAACUCCUUCGAGCUCUUCGCCGAGGACGCCAGGGCACGCUGGCUUACAGCCUCCUGCCCUCUUGACUUUGACACCGUUGCUGGGGCAGACAAGUUCGGCAACCUCUUCAUCUGCAGGAUCCCAGAGGAGGCAGCGUCGGAGCUGGAGGAGGAGGGGGAGGCCGUCCAGACCGACAGUGUGCUCCACAGGGGAGCCAAGCACAAGCUGGAUGAGGUGGCGCACCAGUACGUGGGGGAGGCUGUGCUCGGGCUUCAGAGGAGCGCGCUGGUUCAGGGAGGGACGGAGGCGGUGAUCUACGGAACGAUCCUGGGGGGCCUGGGAGCUCUGCAGCCGUUCGUUUCCAAGGAGGACGUUGACUUCUUCCUGCGGCUCGAGAUGCUCCUGAGAGGAAACUUGGGGGUCCGGGAGAGCGUCAACGACAAGAGCUUUGACAACCCGAGUCUUUGUGGCAACGACCAGCUGGGCUUUCGCUCCUACUUCGCUCCCAUGAGAGGAGUGGUAGACGGAGACCUCUGCGAGACGUUUCACACCCUCGACUCCGGCAGGCAGCACAAGGUGGCUGCAGAGUUGGGCAAGACUCCCGAGGAAGUAGCGAAGAAGAUUGAAGACAUGCGCACGAGACUUCUGUGA